ACGCACCAAUUUAAAGAGCUGCGUUUUACCUCCCUGGUCGUUAGGCUUGCCAUUGUUACUUUCGUUUUGCGCGAGCGUCCUGUGCAGCCUUGGAGGGUUAAGGAAGAAAGAAAGAAAGAAAGAAAGAAAAAAAGAAACAGACAGCAAAAGUAGAGAGAAGUCAGAGGCUGUAAUUAGAUUCCCUAAUCAGCAGAAUUGGCAGCAGGUGUGAAUUCAUGUCUGUAUUUUCCCCGCAGAUAUACUGCCCAGUGUUUGUGCCCAGCCGAGAUAUGACUGAGGUGAUGAUCAACAGCACCCCCAUGGAGGACAUGAGGCUCAGCCCCAGCAAGGACAGACUCUCCUUCCAGAUAUUUCCCGACCCAUCAGAUUUUGACCGCUGCUGUAAACUCAAAGAUCGCCUGCCAUCCAUCGUUGUUGAGCCGACAGAGGGAGAAGUCGAGAGCGGAGAGCUUCGCUGGCCUCCAGAGGAGUUCCUGGUCAGUGAGGAGGAGGAGGACGAUGACGAAGAGGAGGAGGAGGAGGAGCACAACAAUGGCAGCAUCCAAAACGGACAGCCCACACAGAAUUCUCAGCACUAGAGGCCGUGUUGCAGCACCCAUACUCUCUUGUUCUGUUUCUUUCUAAUCGACUCUCCCUUUCACACACUGGUUUACACUUCACCUCAGCACUCAGCAGACUCGACUGGCGGACACGCAUUCAGUGUCCCGCGAUGCCAUCUCGUUGCCCUCGACACCAAAGCAUCACUCCCACAAGAGAAGCAAUACAUACAUGCACACAUACUUUCUCACACAAUAAUUUAUCCUUCUGGACUUCACAUCCACCCAAACAGACUUGAAAAGACCUGACACGCACAAGUCUAACCUACACCCACUUCCUACAAUGCCUACCACCGUGCGUGUCUCGGCCCAGAACGGAUGUCCCGUUGGACAGCGGCAGCUCAGUGCCCCAUGGACAGGUCUUGCACUGCAGGGGGUGACUACUGCUUUGUACUUUACUCCAAAAUGGCUGGCGUCAUGACCCCAGAGGCUUUAUACUCCGUACAGAACUACUGUGGUACCCGUGGGGAUUAUUGUCCACAGCACACUGUCUACACUUGUGUUUCAGUUUCUGGAUUGAUAUGUUAAUUAUUGUGAUUGCCACUGCUGUCCAUAGAUGUGUCUGUUUGUGACACGUGAAUGUUUUGUGAUUUGUCCGUUUUUUGAGAAGUGGGUAUUUUGUGCAAAAAGUU